AUGGUUGUUCACUCACCUCAAACCGCGUACUCGGACAAGACUAUAAAAUAUGAACAACGUCGUUUCUGUUGCUGUUCGCUUGGUCUUGGUCUCAUUAUCAUUGGCAUCUUGAUUGCUGUAAUUGCAAUGCUCUAUGGCACAGUCAUACCAGCUGUGAUAGAUAACGCAGUGAAGAAUGGGGUUGUGAUCUGCGAACCUUUGGAUGGCGCCAAGGAGAGCUACUUGGACCCAUAUGGUGACUGUGAUGACUGUGUACCGUAUUACUAUAGCCUGCAUAUGAUGAACGCGACAAACGCUGAAGCUUAUCUUACUGGAGACGAUGAUAUCCUUCAAGUCCGUGAAAUGGGACCUUACGUGUAUCGUCGUCGUCAACUUAAGCUAGAUGUUACGUUCUUUGACGAUGGCAAACGAGUUAGCUUCAAACAGUACUCGUAUCACACAUUUGUACCAGAAAUGAGCUGCGACGAGUGUUCAGAUGACGACGAAGUCACGACUCUGGACUUGGGCUAUAUGAGUGUUAUCGCGCAUGCUGGUGGUGAGGCGGCCUUCCUCGUGAGACUGGCGCUAGGUUCAUUCGCCUCGAUUAGUAAUAGUACUGUAGCUAUGGCCAUUGUGGCCGAAAAAGGUCCACAGAUGAUGCGCUGGGUCAACGGUCUCAACUCGAUGGACCCAGAGGCCAUGCGCGCGGUGACCAACAAUAGCGCCGUACUGAGAUUUCUUGCAACCGGACCAGACGCCAUCGCCGACUUGGAUCUCACGGGUUUCGCCUACAAUGGACUCUUUCGCCAAGCGUACAGUCUCUCAGUGGGCUCUGGGCUACCCAAGUCUACUCGCUGGCUUGGCACGACCGUCGAGUGUCUCGUAAUUGAGGGAGAGUGCUUGAAAUGCAAACUUGGUGCCAGCGUUGUAGCAGUCAACGAGGAGACCUGCGCCAUCAUCGAGGACACGUAUGCCACCGCAUAUGGCGCUAAGGAGGCUGUCAGCUUUGCUUCGAGCACAUGCCGGCUAUGUAGCUCGCUCGGUUUGUGCGCCGCUCCGCUUCCUGGUGCUGUUGAGUCUAGCGGCCGCGACUAUUCCACGACAGCUCCUAAUGCGUCAAGCCUCGGCACGUACACGCUUCGCACAGGCUGUGAUGACGCGAACUUUAUCAAUGAGUACGAGCAAUUUGAUGGCUACAAAACCACUGCACUGUGGGCAGAUUUGGGUGAGCGUCGAAACCCGACACUGACGGAAAUAGCUGACUUCGCUACUUACGGCAACUGCGCGGCCCCCACGUCCAACUUGACAUGCAGCCCGGUGCGCGGCAAUGAUGCCACUGGUAUCGCUCCUGGCGGUGUAAGCCUUACUGGCUUUGAAAAUGAGAUUUCUGUCGAGGGUCUUACGAUUUACCUCAGCCAAGGCAAGCAGAACGUGACGCUAUUCAAUCAGCACGAGGAGGUGGAGUACCAAGGCAUCACGCUGCACCGCUUCCGUCCUUCGGUUGAUAUGCUCACAGCGUCUACCGAGAACGCCAACAUGGGUACGGCCUACCCAGUGGAUGGUGUCCAGUCAUUGGCCUUUAUCGUAGGUUUUCUGGCAUAUAUAUCGUAUCCGAUGUUUCUGUAUGGUGACAAGACAUUGAUGACAAAUGUGGAGAUCACGAUGAGUAAUGGUGUAAAGGUGAGUCAAGAUACGCUGUACGAUAGCGCUGGCGCUGUGCAGACCUCGUACUCGGACAAGUACGAGACGUUCGUGGAUAUUGAGGCCGGUACAGGCAAGACAAUGCGUGCGUACAAGCGGUUAAUGGCAUCAUACGCGCUAUCAGCCUCGUCUCUGAACAGCUCAAACGCCAUGAGUGACGUGCUGUACCCGGCGAUACCAGCAGAAGUGGUGAUUCCGAUCUUCUGGGGUCAGGAAGGUUCAGUUAUCACAGGCUCGCGCGUAAAUAGCUACAACGCGUUGGCUUCGUUGCUCUCCUCACUGCUGCCUGUGCUUACGGUUGGCAUUGUGGUAGGCUUAGUGCUUGUCGGCUUGGGUGCUUUCUUCGAGCGUCGUCGUCAAAAGAACGUCAUUUAG